UAUUAGUAUUUAUAGGCCAUGGCCGGACUGGUCUGAGCCAUUCCCAUCAUUCGCUUAAUUAAGCAUCAUUAUAGACAAUCAAGGGAAACUAAAGCCGGCACGUUCCCCACAACGCCUCCCACUCCCAUGUGUGCAGAGGAUGACGGAGAAGGAAGAUUACAGCACGGCAGAAGAAUCAGAUUCAAUGGGGAGCAUAAAUCUCUCGCAGAAAAGCAAGAAGAGGAGGUUCAGCGAUGAGCAGAUCAGGUCGUUGGAGAGGAUCUUCGAGACGGAGACGACACGUCUGGAGCCGAGGAAGAAGGCGCAGCUCGCCCGGGAGCUCGGGCUGCAUCCCCGGCAGAUUGCCAUAUGGUUUCAGAACAGGAGGGCCCGUUGGAAGGCGAAACAGAUCGAGAGAGACUACGGCGUGCUCAAGGCAGAUUACGAUGCUCUGCUUUCGAGCUGCGAGUCCCUUAAGCAGGAGAAGCAAGCUCUCUUGAAGCAGUUGCAGAAGCUCAGUGGCCUUGUAGAAGAGCAACACAAAGCGGGUUCCACGGAGAAGAAGGCAUCGUGUCGACCUGUUUCUGCUGCGAACACCGAGGACGGUGAGUCGGACAACGUGGACGGAAAGUCGUCAGAAGAGAAAGGUGUUAAGCCGAAAGAAGAAUCGGGUUUGAGGUUGGCUCUGUUUGCAGAGAGCGAAUGCAGCAGCAAAAUUCUUGAUACAUGUAGGAAGAAAGAAGAGGAUGAAGAAGUGGGGAAGCUUGUCAAUGUCAGCAGCUGCGGCGCCGGAUACGACCCAUUUACUGACGAUGAUGGAUCCUACGUUUUACAGGCCUUUUGCUGUCAUGAUCAGCCUUACCAAUGGUGGGAGCUAUGGCCUUGAGUAUGUGACUCCCACCGUGGCCUUGAGUAUGUGACUCAAAUUGUAGAGCAGGAGAGGAAGACAGGUCAAAGCGAGAUUAAAGAAUUGAGAAAUUAGUAUAGGGAAAAUUGUCAAACUGCUGUAAAGAGAUCUUUAAUUCCCUUUUGUUUUUUUGUACUUAUAUUUGUUUUUUUUUUUUUUUU